AUGGGUAAGAGGGCAGUGUUAAUAGGAUGCAACUACCCCGGAACAAAGGCUGAAUUGAGAGGGUGUGUUAAUGAUGUAUGGAAUAUGAAGAAGUGCCUCAUCAACAUAUAUGGUUUCUCAGAAAGGGACAUUGUUGUUCUCAUUGACACUCAUCAUUCCUACACUCAACCCACCGGCAAGAACAUCAGGUUGGCUCUGUCCAAGCUUGUCCGGUCCGCCAAGCCCCGCGACGCCCUCUUUGUCCACUACAGCGGCCACGGCACGCGUCUUCCGGCGGAAUCCGACGACGAAGACAAUACUGGCUAUGACGAAUGCAUUGUUCCCACAGAUAUGAAUCUCAUCACUG